UAUACAUUGGGUCUUGAUAUACCAUGGCCACCAUCGAUCGUCUCUGUUAGCCAUUAGGUUUAAGCGCGCAUACAAUGGUACAGAUGUGGCUGCAUUUGCUUCUUUUAUGGCUUCUUUCUGGUGCUGCAACGUCACAAAACUUCACCAACACCUUGCCUGGUUACCCCGGUGAACUCCCAUUUACUCUCGAAACUGGAUACGUGGGUGUGGGAGAUUUGGAAGAGGUGCAGCUUUUCUACUACUUCAUAGAGUCGGAGAGGAACCCUGUAAAGGACCCUCUUCUGCUCUGGCUCAAUGGAGGCCCCGGUUGUUCCGCUUUCUCUGGCCUAGUAUAUGAAAUUGGUCCUCUAACUUUCGACUAUGCAGCCUUCAAUGGCAGCCUGCCUACUUUACUGGACAACCCAUUCUCAUGGACUCAGAUUGCCAGCGUAAUUUUUGUAGAUGCACCUGUUGGCACCGGUUUCUCCUAUUCAACUACUCAGGAAGGUUUCUACACCGAUGACACAAAAUCAGCAGAAGACGUAUACCAAUUUCUCCGGAAGUGGUUGAUCAAUCACCCUAAGUUUAGCAAAAAUCCACUCUACAUCACUGGAGAUUCCUAUGCAGGCAUCAUUGCUCCUCAAGUCACCCUUAAAGUAUCAAAUGGUAAUCUCGAUAGAGUCAAGCCACCGAUGAAUCUCAUGGGAUAUGUACUUGGAAAUCCGGUAACAAAUAUACAUAAAGAUGAAAAUUCAAGAAUCAAGUUUUACCACCGCCUCACACUUAUAUCAAGUGAACUUUAUGAGUCCAUUACAACAAGUUGCAACGGGGAAUAUGUUUAUCCGGAUCCAGAUAAUGCAGAUUGCGUGGAAGACAUUGGACUUGUGGCAGAGUGCACCAUAAAAGUAAACGAUGUGCAAGUUUUGGAACCAAAAUGUAGCUCGGCAUCCCCAAGACCAUCUAAAGGAAUAAAAAGGGAACCAAAAUUUUUUGAAGACAUCCCUGAUGAAAUCAUGAUUCAAUCACCAAUGGAACGCCGAGAAAAUUGGUGCCGGACAAACAAUUAUGUGUUAUCUUAUAUGUGGGCAAACGAUGAAAGGGUCCAAGAAGCACUUAGCAUUCGAAAUGGUACUAUAACAGAUUGGAAGAGGUGCAAUAAGAGCUUGGCUUAUGACUAUAAUCUAGUGACCACGGUUCCUUACCAUGGAGAACUCAUUGGAAGAGGCUACCGAAGUUUGAUAUACAGUGGUGAUCAUGAUGGGUUGAUUCCAUAUACGGGUACAAUAGCAUGGAUAGCUACUCUUAACUUGACUACCGUCGAUGGAUGGAGACCAUGGUAUGUCGACGGACAAGUCGCCGGAUUCUCCGAGAAGUAUGCAAAUCUAGUAUCAGAAGGAUUGACGUUUGCAACUGUGAAGGGAGGGGGUCACACAGCUUCAGAGUACAUGCCUAAGCAAUGUCUUGAAAUGUUGGAUAGAUGGCUCUCUUACUAUUCUCUGUAAAUAAAAGAGAAAAACUAAUCGAUUGGCACCUGCUAAAUCGGUACUCGAGCUUUUUCUAUAUGUGAGGAGCGGUUUUAUCACACAUAAUAGAUACUAGAAACGGUCACAUAAUCCAUGGGGGUGAUGAUAAGGGGUAGUGUGUUGGAGACAUAAAGAGAUGCGUAACGGCGGCACAAAUUGGUCGGGAUCCUAAAUUCGCACGGCCGUAUUCGGCGAAGUUGGUUCUCAUAAUAGCGGUUGUGUACAAAGACUUGUAUUUGACCUUCGGAUGUUUGUUUUUCUUCUGUUCUCAUCUUUAGGAUUAAUGUAACUUCUUACGGAGCCGGUCGACUUUGUUUUGAUAAAUUUUCACUUUUAUUCAAGAAUAAAAAGGGAUUAAUAGUUGUAUGU